CGUCAUCUCCGGUAACGUCACCGCGACGGCACAGUCAAAACAACCGAAACAUGAUGCUAGCGUCUCACAGCCGCGAGUAAAAUGUCGUGUUUUUAGCGAUCGCCGAUGAAAACGUUGGAGAUUUGUCAUCUUAAUGUCAUGAUCGUGGCGGACUAUGAGUUUAGCAGCGUUUCAAUCAGAAUAAGGGCUCAAAAAGUGAUCAAUAAAGCACCAGUGUCGCGACCGGUUUGCUAACGACAGGCGUCAGUCCAGCACUCAAACCCGAGAGAGAGGUUUGCUCCAGGCAGGUAUCUGGGUCCCCGGGACAGGCCGGUGCUCACCGAAGAGACGGGGAACAGGAUCGGUAAGCAGGGGGGAGCGGCCACCACAGAGCCUGUGGAGAAGAUGGCAAGCAGCCCCGAGAAAAGCUCCUCCGCACAGGAGCUCAAGGAGCAGGGCAACCGCUUGUUCCUCAGCCGCAAGUACCAGGAGGCCGCAACCUGCUACAAUAAAGCCAUUAAUCGUAACCCGUCGGUGGCUGUGUACUACACUAACAGAGCGCUAUGCUACGUGAAGCUGCAGCAGUACGACAAGGCACUGGCCGACUGUAAACACGCCCUCGAGCUCGACAGCCAAUCGGUGAAGGCCCACUUUUUCCUGGGCCAGUGUCAGCUGGAGCUGGAGAAUUAUGAAGAGGCCAUCGGCAAUCUACAGAGAGCUUAUAACCUGGCGAAGGAACAGCGGUUGAAUUUUGGAGACGAUAUCCCAAGUGCUCUUCGCAUUGCCAAGAAGAAACGCUGGAACAGCAUAGAAGAGAAGCGAAUCAGCCAAGAAAACGAGCUGCACGCUUAUCUCAGCAAACUCAUCCUGGCCGAGAAAGAGAGAGAGCUAGACGACAGCGGGAAGCAGUCCGAGGACAGUCAGAACGGAGGCGAGAUCAGCAAGAUCAAAUCCAAACACGAUAAAUAUUUGAUGGACAUGGAUGAGCUUUUCUCUCAAGUAGAUGAAAAGAGGAAGAAGCGAGAGAUCCCAGAUUACCUGUGUGGGAAGAUCAGCUUUGAGCUGAUGAGAGAGCCCUGCAUUACUCCUAGCGGCAUAACCUACGAUCGCAAGGACAUCGAGGAACAUCUACAGUGGAGCUUUGCUGUGGAGUAUCUCGCCCGCAGGAGUCACCUGACCCUCUUUCUCGCCGUCUUUCUACUGUCCUUCCUUACCAGACAGAAUAAUGGCCCCAUCCUGCAGGUUUUGUUUGGACACUUGCUUUCAAUCGGAAACAUUGCCUGA